AUGGACAUCACACUCUUGCCGCCCACUCACAUCCUAUCAAACCAUUCCCAUCUGGCUUUGCUACCCUCUGCUUUACCCAAACACCCUUAUCCAUCUUCAUCUCGUCAUUCAACAUCCAGCAAUUCUAUAAUGAUGCACCCAUAUACGCCAAAACCUCCCAAAGACGGUUCAUCACCUUUCACAACCCUCCCUACCGAAAUCCAACUAUUGAUCCUAUCCCACCUCGACCUAUCUGACCUCUUGACCCUUCUGAGAGUGUCAAGAUCAUUCUACUCUCUCGGUCUAUCACCAACCUUACAUCGAAAACUAUCUUUGACCAAUAUCCCAACGGUCAUACCUCAUAUAUUGGGAAAUCACAUCUUACCUUCCGUCAGAGAACUAUCGAUAAACCUAUUCCCCUUCCCUCGUAGUUAUAAUGGAUAUCAUCCAAAUCAUCUAGGUAUGCUAUUAUCACAGAAUAUCAAACAUGGUAAUACGAAAUAUCACCGACAGAGGAAUAGCCAUCUGGGUAUGGUGAAAUACGAAAGUGUGAUCGGACCGAUAAUGAGACAUGUCAAAUUCGAUCGAUUGCGAAUCCUCAAUAUCCCAUUUUCAUCAUCCUACCUUCCAAUAGAAGAAUUAGAUCCAAUCUUGGAAAGUCUAUCGAGCAAUAUUGAGAAAUUGGAUUUGAGGGGGAGUUCACUAUCCGGUGAUAAAUGGAUAGAACUGUUGGCUUGGGAGAAAUUUGGUAAUUUGAAAGAAUUAGAUAUGGGAUUUACCAAUAUUCAUUCAUUACCUCUACCCUCUUCGAGCUGCUUUACCAAUCUUAGGUAUAUAUCCUUAUCUUCAUGUACCUCUUUGUCUGUCGAAACGAUAUCAGGAUUUUUAAGGGAUUUACCGACUAGUCUGGAGAAACUCGAUUUAGCAAGAUUGGAUCAAAUCCCUUUUCAAUCCCUCUUUGACAUGAAAGUGAUACAUCAAGACCCUGCCCCUGACCAAACUGGAAGGUUGAUACCGACGGGGCUGAGGGAGAUAAAAGUGGUGGGGAUCGAUCACCUCACGAGGAGGGAUAUAAGGACUUUGAAAAAGUGGUGGGAGAAACAGAGAAGGGAUUGUUCAUCUACCACUAGAUCUGAAGAGCGAGAGCAGGAACGAAAAUUAUGUUUGGAAUCUCAGUUGGUAAAUUGGAAACAUUCACGAAGGGAAAUGAAAACCCCCGAAUUGAUAUCGAGAUCGUCCACUUCGUCGUCGUCUUCGUCUGCCUAUUCGACAGGAAGCGAAGAAGACAUUAUCGAUACACCUUCAACAUCCUAUUCAUCAAGAGAGUAUUCGGGAUCGGAUGUCAGAAGUAAUCGGAAAAUCAUCCUACCAUCUCGUCACAAUUUCUUACAAUCACUUUCUUUCGACUCGGACUCCGCCAUAUCCGAUGGUCACUCAAUUCCUCAGAAACAGAUACCGACAAUCCCGAGAGCGAAGAAGAGCAGCGACUCUCAAGGCGACCACGAGGAGGAUAUGAUAUCGAUCAAUAUCAUCCAUUCGGCGAUAUUGGAAAGUGAGGAUGAAGAUGGAUAUAGGCAAUUUAUAGGUGAAGUGGUAGGUGGGACUUUGGAUUUGGGUAAUGAGACUGAGUCGAGAGGGUAUAUAGAGAUAGAUCAGUAA